AUGGCACUCGUUGUCAGUUUGAAUAUACCACGAAAGAAUUGGGCAAUGGUUGGCAUUGAGGCUGGUGACAUAGCGGAGGAAGGUGGUGAAGGGAACGCCACAAUGACUGAUCAAGAGAUGGGCACUAGGAAUGAAGAAGUGAAUGUUGCAGCACCUCAGGGAAAGCCACAAGGAGGUCAUGAAGGAGGGUUGAGGGGACACACCAACGAGGAGCACUAUGAGAUGAUCAACCAGAGAUUCAACAAUUUAAGUGCCCAACGAGUAGAGACCGUUGUGUACUAUCUUCAAGAAGAGGCUGAUCACUGGUGGGUAAUGGAGGGUCCAACCCUUAAGGAGAAAGAGGGCUUCGAUUGGAAAAUGUUCAAGGUCUUGUUGAGGGAAAGAUUCUACCCCGAGUAUGUCGAGGCUGCUAAAUACGAGGAAUUCUUGCAUCUGGAGCAAGGAAGCAUGUCUGUGCAGGAGUAUCAUGUCCGCUUUGUGGUGCUAUCUCAAUUUGCUCCUACCAUAGCACCGGAUGAGGCUAGCAAAGCCUGGAAGUUCGUCCGUGGAUUGCACUACGAUGCCCAGAAGCUUUUCACUGCUGCAAAGUUUGCCACUUUGAACGAGGCCUAUGACGCAGUCGCCGAUCACUCUAGAAUUCAGCAACUACAUCGGAUUGCCAUGCACGGACCGAAGAAGAAGAGUGAGGGGAAUGACUCACAGUCAAGUAAAGGGCAUAGGUUCAAUCCUGUAGCAAGAAAUGGCAACCGAAAUGGGGAAAGGAGGAAUCCGGUGAUAGGACAGGGAGUUAGAGGUGGAGGGUUAUCUAGUGUGAGGAGCGUGGCUUGCACGAGGUGUGGUAGGGACCACCCUCGGACUACUUGUGGAGGCAGACCCGUUACAUGUUUCAACUGCGGGAAGCCGGGACAUAGAGCCGCCGUUUUUUGGUACCCAAAGAUGUAA